AUUGCAAGAAGAACUGAUGUGGUGUGGGAAUUAAGGCGACAAUUAAUGACCACUGAGGAAGACGAUAGUUCAUCAUAUGCUCCUCUGAAUGUGACCACUGGAAAUAAUACAUGCAUCCUUUUUUACGCUAGUAAUUUUAGCCUCACAGCCAACGACUCAGUUUUUAUAGAUUUGACAAAUGCAACAUUUGUAACCCAGGAUGUGAAUAUUUCUUCCUCUGAGUGCUCAGACACCAACACAACACUGUCAUUAAAAUACAUAAACCCAGUGAAUGGAAUCAGCAGCCUAGAGAUAAGGUUUUUAAUGACCAACAAGUUCUAUGAAGUCUCGGCUAGAAACUGGUCCACUUUAGAUUCAGUCGAGAUUGUACAAGAUGGAGAAAAGUUGGCUACGUUUAAUGUUUCUGUCAUGUCUGCUCCUGCAGAGUAUUCAUUUCAUUGUCAGCUGGUGGGAACAAGCAAUCUCUAUCCUGCAAAGCUGAUUCCAUCCAACGAGGAGGCAAAUAACUGGGAUGUUUUCAUUUCCAGGUUUCAAAUUCAAGGCUUCAAUAUUGAAGACAACGAGUUUUCCUAUGCGAGUGACUGUACAGGCUUCUUCAGUCCUGGAGUCUGGAUGGGCUUGGUGACAUCUAUAGUUUUACUGUGGAUCUUGGCCUAUGGAAUCCAUAUGAUCAUGCAGCUCACAACAAACAGCAGAUUUGAUGAUCCCAAAGGUCCAGCUCUGUCAGUUCCUCAGACAGAACAGCCAUAGAUUGAUUUAAAGCUGCUGUGGCUUUUCCUAGUCUGUUAUUUAUGAUUUUUAUAACAUUUCUGUUUCA